AUGACGGACUCGGAAGGCAGGACGCCCAUGUUACACGCGAUAGCCGGAGGCAACCAUUCAGUGUCAGAACUGCUCCUAACCCAAGAAGAUACCAACCCAUCAGACGGAUACAGGACACCAUUCCAAAUAGCCGCGGCCAAGGGACACGAGACCGUAGUACGGCAUUUCCUAGCGCGGAACGAUGUUGACAACAACAUUGAGGGCACACCACUCUGGCAGGCAGCAUGCUCUGGUCAAGACAGUACCGUGCGGCUUUUGCUAGAGAGACCUGACGUCGAUCUAAACCUCCCGUCACAAGAGUACAAUGGACUGUUGCCCUUUUCCGUCUCGAGGCUCCCCUAUCCUGUUUCUGCUCCGGCUUUGUUCUCUGCUUCUUCACGACCGGCGGCUGCUCCACGGCCUCGUCCAGGGCCUCCUCAUCCUCCUCAAGCCGUCGCUUUCCCAUCUCAGGACUCCGCAUUGCACAAGCUCUUCCCAGGCAGCGUCAUGCGACAGCUUGUGACGCUGGACAGUUUUGGCGUUUGUAUCCAGCCACCAGUAUUCGAACACGAGGUACUCGAUCGACGUCACCCGCUUAUCUUGCCAACGAGGGUCUUUGAGCAGUCGAAAGGUCUCAUGGAAGCCAUGCUCAGCCAGACGGUGCCGUGCAGCUUUCCCGUAGUCCGUGAAGUUUCCGUUCUUGACUUCCCUGAACCCCUCCUAUCGGCCGGUAUCCUGCUCCUGCUGCCACAUCUUCCGGAUGGUGUCCUCGAACUCUGGCCCGGUCGUGAUCGACCCGUGCCCAAUGGAUUCGAAGUAGCGCUGCUACUCCUCCCUGAAAGCCCCCACCCGCUCUUCUGCCGUAUUGUCACUUGCCCCACGUACCUCCUCGCAUUUUCGCGGAUUCAUGGCUUCGGAGUACUCAAGGGCGCGACCUCCAACCGAGUCGACGGCAAACCCACGCGUAUCGAGAUCGAGUGCGACCGCGGCAAGCGCUCGAAGGCCUCUAUCUCUGCUUUAAAGGAAAAUGACCGCAGAUGGACCUUCCGCCUCCUCAGAAACAAGCACACGAAGCUGCCAGUUGCCCAUAACCACGAGCGAUCUCUGGAUAUAUCGGUACAUUCCAGCCACCGAAAACACGAUAGAGAAGCCGUUAUACAACAAGUAGCUGUACAAUCACGGUCCGUGGCUGCCAACCCCGUUCAGAUCUUCGCCGCCGCUCACACCAACAACCCUGGCACCACCGCACGCUUCAAGAACGUCUACAACGCUCUUGCAGAGCUCUGGAAGCGUGCUAAACAAGGCUUUACAUCUACCCAGGCGUUUAUUCGUCGUCUCCGCCAGCAAGGCCGCCCUCACAUCGUAAAAUGGGCAGAUGAUGACCCUGAUCGCCCUGAGGCGGUAGUCUCGACCCACUCGUAUAAUGAGAAGAUGUGGAAGCAACACCCGUACAUUAUGAGCGCCGAUAAUACCUACAAAACUAAUCAGUACUACUGGCCCUUAUUUAACGUCACUGGCCGUUCCUCCACGGGCUCCAUAUUCAACAUGGCAUUCGGCAUGGUCCCUGGCGAGACUGAGGCGUGGUUUGCCUGGCUAUUUGCAGCUCUCGAUGAACUCCGUGAGAUGGUUGGCGCCGUGAAGCUUGAUAUCAUAAUUACUGAUUUCGACGAGCAUAUGAGGAUCCCUGCUAAGGCACAGUUCCCUUUUGCCCAGUUCCAAGUGGGUAUCUUUCACGUCAACAAGAACGUUAUCACGCAACUAGGACUCAAGUGGGUUGGCAAAGGCAAGACGCUCAACGAUAUCACGAGCGUGGAGGAGGAGGCAGAAGUAGAAGAACGGAUUGCUGCUACUACUAUCAAAGACCUCGUUGGCGAAAAUCAACAGUUAUUUCGCGAUCUUGCUGGCCCUGAUCGAUUCGACGAGAAGCACAUGGUAUACUCAAGGAGUGAAAGGGAGUUCGAAGAAGCCUGGCAGCGCCUAAUCGACGAAUUUGCGGAGGAACAGCCUGCCUGCGUUACCUAUCUGGAGAACACCUAUCUUCCUUUUCGGACCGAAUGGGCUAACUGCUAUACGAAGGAAUACUGCAACUUCGGAGUCCGAACGACCUCACCUACCGAAUCGGUCAACCGGCUGACAAAGAGCUAUAUCAUCGACGGCAGAUCUAACUUUUUACGGAUAGAUGACUCCCUCGACGAGAUGGUAUCGCAUAUAGAGAUCAAGCACAAGCAGGCUAUAGCCCAUGACAACUUCAAGCAACGCAACGACUACCUGGGACGCAAAUGGCUUAGUAACGUCACCUUAUACUGUUCGAUCACGUCUAUCAAGAUGAUCGUAACGUCCUAUUACCGAGCUUUGGAAUACGCCCCAACAGCAAGUCGACCAGAUCCUCCGAGAGCGCCGCCGUGCUCUCACAGCAUGCUGAAUAUCUGGCUGAUGUAA